AUGACUUCGAGGCCGCAGGCGUUCACUAAGGUGGACCUAACUCCCCGCCGGCACCAUGGGUAUGCGGUAUUGCUGUUCAUUAUGGGGACUCUGCUCCCGCCGCUCGCUGUAGCGGCACGCUUUGGCAUCGGCUCCGACUUCUUCAUCAACCUGAUACUCACCAUUUGCGGGUAUAUUCCUGGUCAUUGUCAUAACUUCUACAUACAGAACAUACGCAACAACAAGAACCACAAGCGGACACCCAAGUGGGUGCAACGAUACGGCCUGGUAGACACCUCCGAGAUCAAGCGCAAAGAGCGGCGAUCACAGUGGGCAAGCCGCUACGGCGACCGCCUGCCCACAUCUACCCUGCGAAACCAGUCGUUAGAGGAGGGACAGGAAGGAGGUUCCAGCGUCGACCUCGCCUCGCAGGACGGCGACGGACGCCCACCCAACGCUAGCGGAGAGUUCUGGAGCCGCAACGAGGAGCGCUACUACGGGGCGAACGGCGACCGUGCCAGCGUUGAGUCCUCGUCACGCUGGAGGUAUCCCGCGAACUUUGACGACGCUGCACCUGUCGACACGAACAAGAAGAGCCGGCGAAAGAAGAAAGACAAGAAGGACCGGUGGGCCAGGACGGAGGACGCGUACUCGAUUACCGAUGCAAAUGGCUCAGCGAAGAAGCGCAAGUCCAAGCGAAAGAGCAAGGCGGCCCCUGCUGAUGCUGAUUCGGAGACGUACUCGCGCAACUCGUCAACGACAGAGUUCCCCGAGGACCCGGAGGGUGGGCUGUAUGGUGAGCGGCAACGGGCGCCAGAGAGAGAGGUUGCUCGGGUCGCGGAGCCGGUGAACGAAGAGGACAUCUUCAACCAGGAGCUGUAG